UUGCAUUAUUAUCUAUGGUCGCAUUAAAUCUUCUCUAUGCAUGUCUAUACACGUCAAAUGUAUUAUACUAUACAAUACUAUCCUAAAGAAACGAAAGAAACAAAAGAUUCAAAAUGACUGGUGAAAUCAUUUUAGGAGUUAAAUUAGUUUCCAACCAAUGUCAACUUAUUAGGAUUGAAAAUGUAGAUUUAGAAGGAAAAGUUUAUUUACUUAAAGAUGAAGCAGCCAAGAGAGUAAAUGUAAAGAAACAAGAUAUAGAUUUUAUUUAUCGUGGAAUGGUGCUUGAGGAUGAUAUAUCUCUUUCAUCUUAUAAUGUAAAGCCCGGUGGGCUAAUACAUGUGUUACAAAAAAGAGUAAAGACGGAGGCUCCUGCUGCUCGUACAUUUUCAGAAGUUGAUAUACAGCAACUGGUAAUUGCUUUUAAAACCUUUACUCAUACAGCAAGUUGUAGGACUGCCUUACAGAGAUUAUCUAGACCUGAAGUGCUAGAAAAUAUCAUUGCUGCUACUCCUGGUUUAUCUGAAGAUCCAAUAGCUCUAUCAAUAAUACGAGAUCCAGAAUUAAUUGUUCAACUUUCUGAUGUAGAAACUGUUCGGAAAAUUGCUCAGAAACAUCCUAGCUUAUUAGAAGCAGCCCAUCAUAUUGCUGCUCAUGUUCACGAAGAAGCUGCAAAUAUUAGUCAAAAUCAAGCAAGUACCAGUACAGGUUAUUCAUAUUCCCUAGAUGCCUUAUCUGAUGAUGAGGAAAUGGAUUCUCCAAGUAGUGAAGGCUCUCCGAGAACUGCAGUCCCUCUGCAGCGCAAUGCAUCAUACAAUGCAAUUACAGCUGCUCAAUUAGCAGCAGCUAUAGCUAAUGUCACUAACUCAUCUUUUGAUUCACAAAUAUCUUCUACUGCACCAUCAACUCCUAAUUCAGCCAGCUCAGUCAUUACUAGCGAAAUGUUUAGCAAUGCAAUACAACAGGCAUUUGCAUCAUCACCUGCAUUUGGUUCUAACUCCUCCCCAUUUUUUGCGCCAGUUAGUAGCCCAUCCCCUGCUGAUGCAGUUGAUACUGUAAUUUCAAGAUGGCAAUCUCAAUUACGGCAAAUGCAUGAAAUGGGAUUAACUAAUGAUAUUGUCAAUGUUCGUGCAUUACAAACAACAUCUGGAGAUGUUCAAGCUGCUAUAGAAUUAGUUCUGAGUGGAGCCUUUGAUUGAUUAUACAAUUUUUUUAAUAGUUCGUUUAUGAACAAUUUCUCGUGUACAUAUCUCCAGAAUAAACUUCUAAGUUAUUAA